UCGCGAGUGGUUGUCGGUUCUGAUGCUACGCCUUGCCGAUUGUGUAUUCCAUCCUGUGUGUAGUGACUGAAGGGUGGCAGACUCCUGGUAUAGGAAGAAAGGUCCUUCCAGGCCUGUGCCUGUGUUGAGUGUGGAUAGAUUGGGAUGUUUUUGUGUACCGUUUUGGGGUGAGGUGAAUGAAUCCUUCUGGGCCAAGAAUUUUUAUCAGUGGAUCGUGAGCUACAUUUCGGAUCUAAGGAACGAGGGUAUCGUGAGGCAGAGCGGCUAAAAUCAGAGAAGUUAUGAAUGAAUGAAGCUCGAAUUAAUUGGAUGCAUUACAAAUCGAUUAUAAUUGAUGAAUGUGGCAUGCCGCGCACAGUGAAUGGGGCUGUGAUAAUAAAUUGAUUAAGCAGCAGAAAUCAGUUUGAAUAGUGAUUAAUGUGGCUCGGUUAUUGAAACCCGCAGUGGAAGAGGCUCGAAGCGAUAAAUAAUAAAUAUAAAGAGUGUUGAACCAAGCGAAGAGCAACGACGACGUGAAGCACAGUGUUCCUGCCGGGAUUGGUUGGAAGGUGAACCGUGGAAAUUACGUGAAGAGGAAAUCGAUAAAAUUUUCAGCACUGCGAAAAUUAAGCAAGAGAUGAAAAACCUUCCUGACUUGGUGGUCGCAUGAGGGUGUUUCCUAGUGUAUGGUGCAGAGAUUAAUUUCCGGGAGAAGAACCUGGCGUAUGCGGAAAGCAGGAAGAGCCAAGAGUUGUUCAAAGUGUGAGAUGAUUUGCAUAUAAAUUGGAUCCGACGAUAAAGUGAAACGGAAAAAGUUGUUAAAUGCUUUGGUGACCGAAAAAUAGUUGGAUGUGUGAAUUUAUUAAAAUUUGCGCGAGAGAUUGUUUAAAAGGAUUCUAGCAUGGAGGAGGAACUACGUUGUCCUGUUUGCAAGCAAUUGUUCUCUAGUCCGGUGCUCUUGCCGUGCUACCAUGCGCUUUGCUUAGCAUGUGCCGUGGAUAUCCAGACAACAGCCAACCAAGUCCACCACGCUCCGGCUGCUCAUUUGCAUCAACAGCACUCUUCACAGUCGUCAGCUUCGUCUGUUAGCACUGGUAGCUCAAGUGCCACCGAGAGCGUUUCCUCAGAUCAGGAUCAGGCCGACAAAGUUAGUAUUUUGAGUGAGGCCGACUCGGGAGUAAUUUGCUGCACUUCACGCCCAGGCUCGUACGCCGGUACUCCAAACCUUCAAGGACUAUUGUUCCCGCCGUCCGGUUCGGGGUCGGUGUUCUCUCUCGCUUGUCCCGUUUGCCGUAAGAUCGUAUUCUUCGACGAGCUUGGUGCCAGAAAUUUGCCACUGUACCGGGCGAUGGAAUCCAUUGUGGAUCGCUUCUGCGAGCGUGAAGCCCUAAGAUGUCAGAUGUGUGAAACCGAACCACCGAAGGUGGCAUCUGUUGUUUGCGAGCAGUGCGAGAUCCGCUAUUGCGAUGGCUGUCGCGAACUUUGCCAUCCGGCACGUGGACCAUUGGCUAAGCACACACUUACCAAGCCACGUGGCGCCUCUCAGCUUCGAGAGUCGAUCUGCGGUGAACACAACGAGCCGCUUGCCAUGUACUGCAUGGGCUGCAAGCUGCCUAUCUGCACGCAGUGUAUGGCCGACAACCGUCAUCAGUCCCACGACUUGCAAUCGAUCAUGGCGAUGUGCAAAGCUCAAAAGACUGAAUUAUCACACAACCUGCAGCAACUGUCAGAGAAGGCGCGAUCGACGACAGAAUUCAUCCAAAGACUGAAAGGAAUGAGCGAUAAAGUAACGGAAUCCUGCAUCGAAUUCGAACGAGUGGUGACGGCACAGUGUGAAGCGCUUAUAGAGUCAAUAACCGCGCGGAGGGAAGUUUUAUUGGAGGCCAUCCGGCAAGACAAAGAUACCAAAAUUAGGACACUUAAGGAUCAACAAGCGAGUUGUACAGGGAAACUGCAACAAACCACAGGAUUAAUACAGUUCUGCAUCGAAGCGUUAAAAGAGACUGAUAGUGCGGCGUUUUUACAGGUUGGCUCGAUGCUGAUUAACAGGGUAGCGAAUACCGACAUGACGUGGCACCAAGAGGUGACGAAUGCGGCUCCCCGGGUGUCUCCCAUCAUCGAUCUUACGCUGGACGACACCUCGGUUAUCCGGGCGAUCGAUAAUCUCAACUUCAUUCAAAUGAAACCCGCUAAAGAAGGAGAAGAACGACUGCCAGCAGUUCCCCUGGCACCGAUCAUCAUCCCUGAGGACUGCUCCGCCGAGAACAACUCGGUAACUGUUGCAUGGCAGCCACCGAGCCACUCGUUUGUGCAGGGCUAUGUGCUGGAGUUGGACGACGGAAGUGGAGGCGAAUUUAGAGAAGUGUACUGCGGAAAAGAAACAAUCUGCACCGUCGAUGGGCUGCACUUCAACUCGAUGUACAACGCCCGCGUCAAGGCCUUCAACAGCACCGGCGAGGGCGAAUACUCGGAGCUUAUUGGCUUGCAGACGGCGGAAGUGGCGUGGUUCACCUUUGACUCGGCUCUAAGCGGCGGACCCUGCUCCGGACUGAACUUCUCCAACGACAACCGGACCGUUUCGGCUGACGGAUGGGAGCACCGGGUGGCACUAGGUUCGGUCGGCUUUUCCCGUGGCGUUCACUACUGGGAGUUUACCAUCGACAAAUACACGGCCGACACGGAUCCCGCCUUCGGAAUCGCCCGAAUUGAUGUGUCCCGGGAUAAGAUGCUGGGUAAGGACGAUAAGGGCUUUGCGAUGUACAUCGAUCGGCAGCGGUCAUGGUUCCAGCACAAUUCUGUACACGAGCGCCGGGUGGAGGGAGGAAUCUCCACCGGGAGUACCAUCGGUGUGCUUUUGGAUCUCGAACGCCACACCCUGCACUUCAUCGUCAACGAAAUGCCUCAGGGCUCGGUCGCGUUCCGGGAUCUGUAUGGGGUCUUCUAUCCAGCCGUCAGCGUUAAUCGUGGCGUCACACUGACACUUCACACCGGCCUGGAUGCACCGCACAUGGAUUACCACUAGGGUUAGUAGAGUCAUUAUGGGGUGGCGAAUGUUUGUUCCAAAUGAGAAUGGAUGUGCAUUGGAUAAGACUGCACAGUGGUGCGAGACACUGAAUUCGGUUAGAGAUUUAACUGUUAGAAACAUUCAAUCGUUUAUUCAUCAUCUGAACCAAUGUGCAUCCCGAACAGACGAGCAAAUAAUUGGAAUGGGGGUGCUUUCUAUAAUUUAAAUCCUAUUCAAAUUAUUUUGCAACUCCAUCGUCGCACGUCUCCCUGCAGUAGCAGAGAAUGUUCCAUCGCGCGGAUAGACAAUCCGCUCAGUCAGGGUCACACAGGUUAAGUUCCUUCCUUUUCCAUCAAGGGUCUACAUCUGCAUGAUGGUGAUGCACGGUACAGAUAAUUUUGCGACCCAGGGACACCAAACUGAAACCGAAAGGAAUCCUGGGCCAAGGGAAGAAAAAACAUAAUCAUGCUUAUGCUAUUUAAGUUGUACAGAAAAACGAUACGAGAAUGUAGUUUGUAGUGCAGCGAUAUCGAAUGGGUGGACCGACAGAGAAUGGCAACAGCAGCUAUCAGUAGCAGUACGGUAACGGAGAAAUGUCCGAACGAAUUAAAUUGUUCCUGCCCCAGCAUGUGGUGGUGAUAAAAGAUUGAAAGGAGAAAUUAAACUUGAGAAUUAAGCUUGGAGUUGAAAAUGAAUCUUACUUUUAUGUUUAAAAAAUCAAUAUUCACAGAAAUUAAAAGUUAAAAACAAGCAAAGGCAUCAAUCUAAGCAGUAAACAUUUUUGCAAAAUACAAUUGGAUGUUAUGUUGCUGCUGAGAUAAUUCACAAUUUUUCUGGAAUGAAUAUUUUUAUUAAUAGCUCAUUAACUGUAUCUCUCAAAGUUACAAAAACAGUAUCAUAGUAAAAAUGAAUAGCACAUGUUAGUUUGUAAACACAUUUCACUGCACAUGUUUAAUUCGAAUUUUAUCCUUUUUGUCAAAAGGAAAGUAUAACCCUUAUGAGGUAUCAUUCAGAAAAUAAUUAAUUUACAGAGGCUGAGCCAAUUUACUUUUCGUUCAAGGACAUUUCUUCGAAACCCGGUUACCUAUCAUGUCCAGAACGUUCCAGUGGCUCCUGUUGAUGCUGUUGUUUCCGUUUCAAUUUAUUGCGCGGCAGCCCAUUUUUACAAAUGACAUAACCCCAUAGUGCAGCGCAUCCGAUGCAGGCCGGUAUCAAAAAUCGAACACGAAUGAUCAAUAAGCGAAAAUUAAUAGGAAAUUUUUUAAAUUACUCUCCCAUGAAUAAAUUAUUAUUGCGGCAAAUCAACUGUAAAUAUUGUAUCAUAAAUGAAUGAUGGCCUGCGGCGGCGUUUUUACUUCGGUGGGUGGGACAUCAAAAGACUGAUAAAGUGCGAUGAGCUUUGCUAAAUGUGUUGAAGCAAUGAAUUAGUUUCUGAAUGUUUGUUGACAUCAAGUCGUUUUAACAACCGCUCUGUGUAGACUAUACAGGAGUUUGAGUUUAUUUUUAUUUUUGUUGUUUUUUACCACCUUCUUACUCAUAAAAUCAUAAAAAUAACAGAAGACAAUUAUGCAUAGGAUUAUUCAUUCGCCUGUAUUAUGAUCUAUCAAGAAUUUAAAUAAGAAAAAUAUUAAAAGCUUUAAGUGGAAUGUACUCAGUUGUCAUAAGACGAGUUUGUACUAUUCCAAUUUAAUCCCACUACUUUAUUGUGGUUCAACAGUAAGGCCGUCUUCAGUGUCUCGUACUUGACUCAACAGAAGGCUAGAAGAAUUUAAAACUACAUCAAAAAAAGCUUCCAUGAUCUCGUGAACUAACAAGAUCACGGUGUACUGUGAGUGACAGUUUCAGGACCAGCAGCAGUCACGUUUUCAGGGACGAUCUGGAAAACGUGACUGAUGUUCCUGUAUCCGUGACAUCAGUCACAUGGUAUUUUUGCUGGAUCACGAAUUCUAAUUUGUGUGCAGAGAUGAGAAAUAAACAAAUUCCACCAUCGGCGGUGACGAUGGGUCAAAUGGAGGUGAGAAUAGGUCACUUUUUUAACUACAUAGGUUGCUUGUAGAAUAGAUUCAUUGUAUCUGCGGGCAGAGUUGUUCUACAUAGUUGGCAAAAAAAAUCUGCUCUUUUAUGUUUCACAAUUAUCAACAAUUAAAAAAAAAUCAUUCAGUAAGUGCAACCAAUAGAUGGAUGUUUUUCGGUGUUGAACUCAAUCUAGAAUUAAAAAAAAACACCUUAAUAAAGAAUUAAAAAAAAAGAUGGAUGUUUACGUUUUUGAAAUGUAUUCUUCAAACGGUCAAAAUGGUGCACGCCGGAGCAACCGAAAAUGUCGUUUUGCCGAUCAGGUCAUUUGGCCGAAUAAGUCGUUUGGCUGAAUGGAUAAUUCGGCCGAAAUUGUCAAUUAGCAGAAAGGGCCGAAAAUGUCGUUUAUGUUCGGUUAUUACGAAGUGAUUACUAAUAAUUGAAAAAUAAGAAGUAAGAAAAUAAAAGUGCGAGGCAAGAAAUGUUAAAUGAGGAGUAAAAAGUGUCUUCACGUCUCAUGAAAAGUAAGAUAAUAAAAGUGAGAAAUAAGAAGCCAGAAAUGCGGAUUAGAAAGUGAGACAUCUGACAUCUCACUACAUAUUUCACGUUUUUCAUUUCGCGUUAAUCAUUUCUCGCUUUUCACAACGCCAACGUUAAACGAUUACCAUACACUCUGAAGAUAAAAAUUCUCAAACUGUUCGACGCAUACUUCACCCACAUCGUCAACGUCAAUGGAAGAUUCAUUGAAAUAAUUGUUUUAAUUUACGCGACUUUUCAUAAAAAAGUGAGCAGUGCGAUGUAAGAAGUGCGUCUCCCUUCUCACAGCACACUUCUUAUUUAUCAUUAAUGACUUAAAACUUUCACUGUUUUGCCAAACGAUAUUAUAUAACCAAACUGUCAUAUUUACGGAUGUAUUUAGAUAUGACUUUUCAGUCUUGACAAAAUCAAAAUACUGUUAUAUAAUCUUGUCCAAUGUUUCGGUCCGUUUGGGAUCUUCCUCAGAGUAUCAAUUCUAACAUGUUUAUCCUCAACUGUGGUUCUGCUUAAUUAUUGAUUGUCACGAUGUACGACCAAAUGACAUUUUCAACAAAAGGCCCUUUUUGCCAAACGACCAAAAACGGCCAAAAGGCAUUUCCGUCCAACUGUCCCAUACGGUCAAAGUCUUUCAGCCAAAUGAUCUGGUUACCUAUUUGGCCAAAUUACAUUUCCGGUCAUAUGGCUCUUUCUGUCGAAUGGCCAUUGCGACAUCAGACUUUUUCGGUCAAAUACCCUGCCAAAAGUUGUUUCUGCCAUUUUCUGCCAUGCAAAUGGCAUUUACGGGCUAAUGGUCCUUUUUGCCAAACGACUGUGCGUUAAUAAAAUUAAAAAUUCGACAAAAUGACCUAUUUGGUCGAACGACUAUAUUGGUUAAAUAACCUGUUCGGUCAAAUGUCGGCCUUAUGACCCAUUCGACCAAGUGACAUUUUCGGCCACUUGUCCCCUUUGCGUCAAAGGACCAUUUCGUCCAAACGGCAUUGUCGACCACAUGUCGCAUUCGGCCAAACUGUUUUCUGUCUGAUAACCGUUUCGGGCAAAUGAAGGCCAAACGGCCCAGCGAGUUAUUCAGUUAAAUGGCUUUCCGUAAAAUGACGGAAGUAGCAUUUGGAAAAUUGAACGAUCGGGAUUACGCAAUCUGGGAGUUCUAGAUGUGGUUGAUGACGUUGCGGAUGUCAGAGGAGACAAAGCGGAAAACUUAAGCAGAUGAUGGCGCUUCACCCCCGUUUGUCUGUUUUUGAAGAACACGUGAAAGACAACUGGAUGUCAGCUCUGAUGUAGUUUAAUCUUCCGAAUUCUUACGGCAGCUCUAUCAUGGCCCUUGAAAAAGUCAACCAGACGCAGAUAAGACUGUCGAUUUAAUGAAAAGCAAGCAACGACGAAGACACCGAACGGAGUACGCGUCGUACAGUGCGAAUGUGUUGGCAAACGGAUUCUGGAGAAAGAAGGCGGUGAAAAAACCGGCACGACAAUCGACAGUGGAGAAAGUGUGCCAUUACUGCAAAACUAGGUGAGCGUGAGUAAAAGCGAAAUCAGAAGAAUUCAAGCUCUAUUUAGAAUAAGGGCGAAUGUCGCAAGAGAGCAGCUGAUUUCUUUGAGGUUUAUCACCUCAGCACGAUAGAAAACAAUGCGAACUUGCAUUCUGAGGUGAUAAACUGCAAAGAAACCCUCUGCUUGUCACUUUUAUUCAAAAGAGGGGAAGUCGACGAAGAGAAUUCUCUCUUGCGACAUUCGCCCUUUUACCAGAUAGAGCUUGAAUUAUGUCUUUCUGCUGGCAUGGCCGUAACUGCUGGUGUGUGGUAUCUUGACACAUCUGGCUGAUGAAAAGUUCAUCAAAUCGGUUGGCGCUGGCUGUAGGCAUUUACUGCCAGAUAAUGGAGAAGGUUGGAUUGCAGCUUCCAGGAUAGGCGUUAUCGGUGGAUACAAAACAUGAUGGACUAUAUCUGCACGUGUGCCAUCAUCUCUUUGUUCACAAAAAUCCACUGGCAGUGUUGAGAAUAGUGCGUGAAAUCCUGGCGCGUCGCGACGCAUCGAUUAAAGAAUGAUCUUUUGCCAUGUGCAUUCGAUGUGCGGCUAUUGCUGUGAGGGGAAGAAGAAUAUAAGAUUGUAUUCCUAUGGCGUUUGCGACCAGAGCAAAGGCUGUCGAUGACCUGAAUCACGUGGACCUGUGAUGCACAUAGCAACACUAAGAGGGAAUUGUUUCUGCAAUGCCCUGGUAGAUGAAUACAACCGUUACUCCGUCUUCUACCCACUCCAGAAGAAAUGUGAUGCCGCGGAUGAAAUCCGUAAGUAUUGCGCGUUGCUAAAAAAUCUGUGUGGUCGUUAUCCGAUAUGCUUUCGUUCCAAUGGUGGCGUUCCAAGAGUUCGCGGAUUCAUCGCUGAGGAUUUUUUUUAAGUCGAACAACAUCUGCUAACAGCAUUAUACUCGUCCAAACAAAACGGUAUGGCAAAGGGCAACGAUAUAAUAAUGCGAUAUAUGCUCUCAGAAUCGAGACUCGGGAAGCAGUUCUGGACCAAAGAGAUUUGUACGCCAAGCUAUUUGCAGAAUCGACAGAAGCCAUCAUAUGCGCAUCUUUGAACGUUCGGUUCAACAGCUGAUAACCCACAUUUUGAAUAGCUGUUGUUCAUCGGGUAUGAGGAAGGACGAAAGACUGCACACCGCAAAGUAAACAGUUCGUCAAGAUCUUCUAACAACAGACGUUGUCAGUUCCUUUGGUCGUGCACCCAAAAGUGUAGAGUCUCACUCGAGAUAGUGAGAACAGAUCGUAGUAGACAUGGUCGAUAAACAAGGAGUUUCACGGUACAUAUACAGACAACAAGGUAGGCUCAUGAGAAAUAUGACACUUCAAGAGUAACGCAUGUUCCAUCCCCACAUGUUGGAGUACACAAGUAAGCAUGCUGAGACCGUAGAGCAUCACAUUCAAAUUGAAUGUUUACAUGCGUGCAUAGUCUGCCUUGUUUUUUGUAUGCCGUGAGGGAGUUUAAUCUGCGGAGAAUAACAGCGAGUGGAUGAUUUACAGAGAGCAGUUAUGUGAGGAUAAAAUAUGAACGCUAGAAGUGAAUGAGACAGACUUAAUGAGAAAUCAUCAUCCGAAUAUCUUACAGCAAGACGUGGAAGAAACAACUGAAACAACGGGUCCAUAUCCCGGAACAGAGUUGGAGAUUUAUGUCUUCAACGAUCCAGUUGAUAGUUUGAUAGUGCUUCUGAAAGCAAUGACUCCUUCCAUGGUUUGAUAGUGCUUCUGAAAGCAAUGACUCCUUCCAUGGUUUCUUUUAGAGAAAACAAAGCGACAUUCCAAAGGCAUCCCACCACGCAGGUGAGGAGGUGUUGGAGCUCAGGAGCCUGCACAAAGCCAGGUAAAGGAAGAAAUAAAAGGAAAGGACAGCAGCAAUUGUAGAAAAAUUGAAAUCACAUUCCGUUAAUGAUACGUGGGAGAACUGCCGGAAGGCCGACUGCUGGUGGCUUGGUGAUGCAUGAAGCUCGUCUGGUAGCCCCGAGCUCUUCUAACUUUGGCAAGUGGCAGAAAAAUUAUGUUGAAGCAUUUCGUUGGUUAACCUUUUCUUUCCCAUGGUAGCUGUAGAGAUCCAUCAAAUUUUGCCCCUUCCAACUUUAAUCGAAUGGUUUUAACAACAACAAUUCAAUAUUUAGCACAUCUCCACGGUCACAUUAAAUAGUCUAUAUAAUCAAUUUUGCGCAAAAUAUUGAAACUAUUGGAAACAAUCAAGUAAUUAUUGAUUUACAAUCAAAAACUUUUUUUUGUUUUUUACUCAAAAAUGAUUCCUUCCUAUUGAAAUCUUUGAAAAAAGUCAUGGGAAGGAAUGGAUUAAGUCGCCAACAAAUUUGAUUGGGUGACAGGUAAAAUAAUAAUUCACUACCUGAGGACUACGUAUACAAAGAACUGAAAAUUGAAGCUCGGUACCAGUGGCAAUCUGGUUGGAUCUUCUGAUGUUGGUUGGGCUGGAGAUAUGGAGACACAUAAAUCAAGCAAAAGAUUCGUAUUUCAUUACUUUAAAGGAUCUGGGUAAGCAGUUGGGCAAUUGUGUAACGUUAACGCGAAGCGAAGUCAAGACCUGGCAAGUCAAAGCUGCUGAGUUCAAGAAUGUAGGUGUGCAAGGUGGUCCAGCUUUGCCUUAUCGAGAGGACAACCAAAGUUGCCUAAAAUUGGUUUGUGUGCUAAGGUCUUCUCGUCGUUCCACAGAUCGAGACUAAGCAACGUCACGUGAAGGAGUUGUAUAAAGACAAGGUUUUGAAUUUGUAAUACUGUUCAACGGAAGAAAUGGUGGCUGAAAUUGCGACAAAUCCACUGAAUAAUAUCGAGCAUAAUAAGCUGGAUGAAUGCUGGAUCUAGCACCGUAGGAUCCGCUAGUUGAGGAAAAGUAUUAGAGGAUUAUUUAAUUAUUUUGCAUCAGUCUAAUGUAAACUUUGUACACGAACCUGGCUAAUGUCAUUUUUUGACGCACCUCUUUCUUAAACGUAAAGUGAAUUCGCUGUGUGCGCACCUUUUGGUUACUAUUUGUCCGUUAUUAUCGAUAAAUCUUGUGCUCUUUUCUACUGUAACUUAAUCCCAAGAAAAUUCUUCGGAGUUUCCACGGGAAGUUGAUCAGAAUAACAAUUCCUCGAAACAUCCACGAGAAAUUGUUCAUAUUUUUUACGGUAAAUUGUUCGCCAAUUGUUAUGAAUCCAAAGCUACCGUUCCCAACUGCACUAUCUGGGGAUCCACAAUUAUUCACAUUGCGAUUACUUAAUGACCAAAACAAACAAAAAUCCAUCAUGCGCAUCAACACCGUUGAACUGCAGAAAAAUUGAUCAUGUUAUGCACAGGAUGUGAUGCUAUUCUCAAAUUGCGCUAAUUCUAUCGUAAUGGGUUCACACUACAAUUGAAAGUUUAUGCCGGCCAUUGUGACAUUGGUGGCAAGCUCCUCCUCUGCAAACUCCAAACUCCAGAGAGUUGAGAAUAAUAGUCACAUCGCUUCUAAGUGACAUACAUAAGAUAAAGCACGAAUUUUUCAAUCCAUUGCAAAAAGCGUCAAAACCCGUAAAUAUUUGACAAAGUUUCAGCUAAAAGCAAAGGGAUAUUUGUCUCGAAAAAGUAAUUGCAAUCUAUAUUAAUUUUUUUUCCGUUCCAUACCAAUUCUAUGGAAGUUCAUAAUUAUUAUUGUAAUUAUGUUAUAUGGUUGGCCAUCGUUAUGAUUGACUAAAAAUUCUUCCAAUAUAUUGCUGCAAAGCUAUAAAGCGAACACUUAUUUUACACUCAACUUAAAUUUGAAUAAUUUAUGAGAAUUUAAACAAGAAAGUGAACAUCAUGAAAAAGACAAACUUUAAUCCUUUAACUGUGGACAAAUGCAUUCCAGUAGCACAACUGUAAAUAUUCAGACCGUACCAUGAUAUCAGCUUCACCAUAACAAUCAGGCGAAACAUCGCAUUGCAACAGCUGGGCCAACAUGCACCGAAGCUAAAUGCCGACAGCCAGCCGUCAUUCAUCAUUGUCGACGUCAUAAUUAUCAAUCGAAUAUCAUCGUAUCAUGAUGUUCCUGUACAGUUGUAAAUUAAACAUAAUUUAUUGCCACACUCAAUUAGUGAUUAUUGUUUCAAGUGCGAAGAAGAAGAUGAAAAAGCCACGCAAUAGAGUCAAGUGAGUGUAGUCUAGCACAAAAGAGUCAUCACCUAUAGUGAAUAAUCGGCAAAUAUAUGCAAUAAACUACAUACGAUGCUAUUUAAAUCAAAUAGACAAAGCAACUAACAUUUCAAAGUGCAACAAACAAUGCUCUGCAAAUCAAAAAUACAGGUCAAAUAUAGGUUUUAGCAAGCAUAUAUAAAACUCCAAACAUUCCCAUGCAACGUGCAGUACUUUGAAUUGCCAUAGAAACCAAACUACACGUAUGAUGUCCAUUAACUAGCUUUGAUAUAGUGUUUAUCGAUUUUAAACUGAUACAUUUGAUUAAAAGAAGAUAUAGUGCGAUAGUAUCAUAACGUUCGAAAUGAAUCGACUUUAAGUGGUACAGUAAUUUAUUAAUACAGCUCCCUAUAUAUAAAUACAACAAGUGUUCUGAGAUCACAGACAAGAGAAAAAACACACUAAGCUAAUACAUUGAGAGAUGGUUGUAAUUCACCAGUCUAAUCGAAUUAUUAAAAAAACGAAUGAAAAUCAUUAUAAA